UUAUCACAUGACUCAUCAUGUGAUCUAUCUGCUUGGUACCUCUGCUGUGCAGUGAAGUUCUUGCUUUUUCAAGAUUCUGAAGGUAAAUUGGGAGCAGAUUGUCUUGUCUCUGGGGAUUAUUGUUUCCCCACUGAAUUUGAGAACUGACUCGUUACACAACCGCUUACCUACAGAAACUGCUGCCGUCUUGUUAAUGUAUUGGGCUGUUUCUGCUCUGCUUCAUGGUCAGUUUCUUGUUUCUGUGCUUCACCCAGGCCCUUAUUAGGGGAAGUUGUCUUUGAAGCAAAACUCCUCCGAACAGUGUGGUGUGAGUGAUGGGAAAUUUCACCACCGAUUGCCCGAACGGAUCUCUCUUUAUCUGGAAUAUACUGAAAGAGUGCACCGAAGAUGGCAGAGAUUUGGCGAGUGUUGUUUUGGGCUUGUUCUCCGUCUUGUGUUUCAUGAUGGCUGCUUUCCCGCAAUGUUAUAGUUCUUAUCUGAAAGGAAAUAUGGACCAAGCUGUGUCAAUCUGGUUCCUGAUUGGUUGGCUCGCUGGUGACUCAUGCAAUGCUAUUGGUGCUUUCCUAGCUCAGCAAUUGCCAAUACAGAUUUACACUGCUAUAUAUUAUGUUUUGGUGGAUGUGAUAAUGGUCUCACUAUAUAUUUAUUAUGCAGUAAAGAACAGGUCCAGACCAGAUGGGACUGUAAUCAAUGCCAUUGUUGUAUUUGUGAUGUUUGGAGCGACGGUCUCCUUGUUCCCAGGAAACCAUUUGGGGUCUCCAGUUCAGGACGUACCAAAGUUUACUAGGCGUUCUCUUUUGGCUUUUCCACACUUCUUUGCUAACCAGUGGAAAAGGAAAUCUACAGAAGGCAUCUCCCCUUUCCUCUUCACCCUGAUGAUUGUGGGGAAUCUAACAUAUGGUCUGAGUGUACUGCUGAAAGAGCCAAGGCAAGGGCAAAGCGAGGGCAACUAUGUUGUGCACCAUCUUCCUUGGUUGAUCGGUAGUUUGGGAACCAUGGGACUUGACGUGGCAAUUUUGUUUCAGUUCUUCAUCUAUCAAGAGCAAAAAUCUGAUGAAAGUAGACCAUUGAUUAAUUCAAGUGGACAUCGAGCUCUUUAGCAGUGAGGCAGUACUUUCCAGUAACUGUAACCGCUCUACAGGAAAACCUGGUUUAUUUUUUAAAAGCGUUUUUGAAGCUAGACCUACGCAGGCCUUUGCCGAAUUUCAAGCUGUUAUUGUAAAGAAAUUAUUAGAAAAAUUCUCCAACUAAAAAUCACCAGAGAGAACUCAACUGUAAGAACAAUCCUUUUUGUGCAUCAUUACGUUUGCAACUGUGACUGAAGAUAAAUGUUUAGUGCCUGAUACUUUGACCUUGGAAAUCAAUCAACACACAAAAGCCAUUGCCAGAAAUGCGAGGGUGAAGCAGGUGCCAAAUGCAUCUGAUCAAACCAUCUCAAUCCUUACUCAGGACCAGUGGUUUUGAAUUGGCUUUGUGCAACUGGAUCAGGUCAUUCCUCAUUCCUUCCAUGUGUGAGGAAGGCCAUUAUUGGUCCGUUGGGGACAAGCUGCUUCUAAACUAAUCCAAUCAGUGAUGUGAAUGUGUGUGUGAAUGUGUGUCUCAUAGGAGUAACUGGAAAUCUCACAUCCCACUUUGAACAAUGUUGCAUCCAAAAUGGCUCUAAUUAUUAUCUGUUGCAAUCCAGAAAAGCCAUAGCAACUCUGGAUAGCAAAAAGAGCUGUCUUAACAAUGGACAUCACUGCUUGAUAUAGUUUACAUUUUUGAAUUUUAUCAAAUCCAGAACACUAAAUAUAAAGGGCCACAACUUCCAAGAAGUGGUUUCAAUCUGAAAGUGUAUUGCUCUCUGAUAUUAUACUCAACCUUUGAUUUGAUUCCCAUCCUGUACGGAUUUCACUACCUCAUUCUCAGGAUGGGGAGGAAAUGGACCAUGUCUCUGAUUGCUAUCCAAUGACUCCAACAGCUGAGUGUCUGUAGACCUUGAGGAUGAGUACGAUGGUUGCUGAAUAAUCUGCUGGUGCUUGCUGCCCAGGAUCCCAAAUGGAAAAGACCAGUUGAGCAAGGCAGCAACAAGUGCCGAUCUGUAUCCCAGCAGGGAUUUGAUGUCCAGGAGGGGGAGGGAGAAAUGGGAUUCCAUGUUUCUGGGGCUUGGGGUUUUUUUUUCUCCAACCUCAGUGGAGUCCAGUUCAGAGGAAAUCAGGCACUAAAUGCUAGGGUGUAGCUUAUAUGCUGUUCUUCAGGCUCUGUCUCACACCCAAGCAGCAUGGGGACUGAUCUAGCUUGUUCAUAUUUGCCCAAUUAAAGGAGGCCAACCACAGUUUUUCAGCCUACCUUCAGGUGUCAGAAGCCAGUAUAGUUGCUGGUCACAGACUGGGUGAGCAACACUCCAGACAGGUUUUACAGUUUCAACAUGCACAGGUGGGAAUGGCCACAGAUCACCCUAUAGAGGUGGCCUGGCGCAAAAGCUAUUUCUAAACUAAGCAUUAGCUCCAACCUCAUCCACUCAUCACUGUCACGCUGGAGAAAAUCAGUGUAUUUCCUCAUGGCUCCAACUUCAAAUCUGCUGUUGAAUCAAACGGUAGGAUUCAGAAGCUUUCACAUCUCGGCUGUGGGCUGCUUGUAAGUACAGCUGCAGUUUGAAAUUGAUGGUGUGAAUUGGAACCAAAAUACACGACUGUGUAUGUUGGGCAUUCGUAACUGAGUCAUUGAGAUUUUAUUCUUAGGUUUGAGGGAUGUGGUUGUAAUUUUUUUUAAAUUACCAGGAUUCUGAAAUUUUGAUUUUCAACCAUCAGGGUCCAUUUCAGAAUGUGAAAGAUUUUUGUCUCCUGAACGUUUAGGGAGCAGCAAGGCUUAGUUAUGCCAAAAGGUUGAAUUUUAAUGUGUUACUGAUUUGAACAGUAUUCCAUUGAUAGAAUCCAACAGUUCUGAAUUCCCUGUCUUAAGCACACUUGCUGUAUCCUCCCUAUAUUGAAAUCAAGAUUCAAAUAAUAAUCUAUUUUUAACCUAGUUUUCAGUCAGAUCUGUGACUUCCUUUAGUUUUCCUUUCCUCCUACAUUUGGGCAAACUUUAACAGAGAAACAGAAAUCUGAUAUGGUCUCUUGAACUUUUCUCUCUUACCCUUUUACAAUAUUCUCUUCUACCUUGUCAUUGUUUACAAAAUUAAAAAUGAUUUUACAUGGUAUCACAGUUGAUCACUUUGCACUUUAUAUAAAUUGUGUCAAAGUUUACUAAGUUUCUCAUUCUAUCCAAAGGUACAACUAAACAUUUUUAUUUUUGUUGCUUUUUUUUAAAAGAAGGGCUUCUGGUUUUUAUCCACUCUUUGUAACUGUUUGCUGUUUUGAGAAUGACUUGUAUAUGCUGUAUAACAAAGCAUAUCCAGUUUUCUACCUGGUUGAGUUGUGUAGCCAGCUGCACUCACUACCUCUCUCCUGGCUCUGCACAAAUUGAGAGAAAUUUAUGACCACCAGUGGUUAAAUAAUUUGAAAUUGGGAUCUGAUUGACCCACCUGAACAACAAUUUUAAAUGUUUUGCUUCAUAGUUAACAACUGUAUAUCAGACCUGAGUUGGUUCCAUAUUCUUUAAUUCCUUGCAUAACAAAACCUUGUCAGUUUUGGAUUUGAUUUGGAAGUAGAUAUCAUUUAUUCAAAGCAGCUUACCAGCUUUUUUGAGGGGUGGGGUGGGGGUAGAAAUGGUGGUUGCUGAUAAUGGAAAGUAAGUUCCAGGUUUACACUAAUGCCUUCGAGGUAAGAACUCUAAGUGUUUUGCAAACCAUGAAGGGAAACAAUCCAACCACUUGAGAAGGUUGCUUAAGACUAGAAGUUAGGCCUAAGAUGAACUAUUAUAAACAACAUCAGGUAAAUUCUAUGAAGUAUUACAGCCAAAAAGCAUUAUCUUGUAGUUAGGGAUUUAAGCUGAAAUCUGUGCCUCAACUGCUGGCCUUUAGAGCAUGGGAGUCACUAGGACUAUAAAUGGUUGAGUAAUGUGUAGAUUCUGGCCAGAAGAAUUAUUGACAUUUACACAAUUCAAAGGAAGAACAGAAUUUUGUGGAAAUGUACAGCAGAUCUUUCAGUGUCUGAAACGGGGAAGGCAGCUUAAUGUUACCCAGGAGACCCACUGGGAGUUCCUACUUUAGGUAUUAACCUCAUUUUGAUCAUGACUUUUUUGCCAGAACAAUGUUGAGAGAUAUCUGGGAUACAUCAGUUGUAGGAAUGAGCCCUUCUCGCUUUAGCAGCUAGUCUUUGCUUGUUCAAAUUAACUGAUAUGUCUUGGACAUCUGAUUUGGAGGGAACUUCAUUUUUCAAAUAAAUGGUGCUAUUGUAAAUUUGCUAUUGUAAAUCACCAAAUUUUAGGAUAACUGUUUCAUGAAUUAUUAUUGUAUUACAUUUUUUAAUCUGACUAGAAACUGCUAAUUUAUGAUUUAGUUAGAUUUUCAGUUUCACAAUGUUUGAGUCUUUGCAUAUUGAACUAUUUUUCUUCAGAAUUCAAGAUUACUAUAAUAUAAAUGCUGUUUUAUCUGAUAUAUACUAAAACAGUUUCUGGGUAUACAUUUUUUUUGUUCAGUCUUUUUAUAUUUGGGUUUUGUUUCUUCCUGAAUAUAUUUUUGUUUUAAAUAGGAGUGAAUGUUUGCAAACUGAAAACCAUUUUUGAUAAAGCAAAUAACAUUUAUACUUCCAAUUGUGAAAUGCUUUUUUUAAAAUGGAAAGGAAAAGCAGCUUGGCCAUGUCAGUGAUAGAGGGAGCUCUUCAUAGAAUCGUGCAGCAAAAGCAGGAGGUUUUCAGCCCAUCAUGAAGUGCUUUGAGGAUGUCAUCCAGUUUUUUGCCCCGCCCCCCACUCAAUAACUGCCAUGUUUCCAAUUUCUAAUUCUGGUUUGAAAAUUACAACUUAAUCUGUUUUUGCUAACUUUGAAGGCAUUCUAGAUCAUUACUUCCCAGGUAUUAGUACAAGAAGGGAAUUUCUGUCUGCUUCAUUUGCAAAUUCUCUCAAACCCGUGUGUUUGUGGAGAUUGCCCCUCCUACGUGGAUGGGGUGAUUUUUGAGCAUUAUUCAAUCUUCCCCCUUAACCUUUCUGCUCUAAGAAGUCCAUGCUUCUCCAGUCUGUCCAAAUCACCCUGCCCACUACUUCAGCAACUUGAUGAAGACCUUGACCUCCUUUAAAGUCUGGUGUACUCAACUGGAUGUACGAUUCCAGCAAAGACCUAAUCAGGAAACUUUAUUUCAGAUAUGAGGCUAAAUUUCUGCUGUUGCCCAGUAGGUGCCACUGUGGUCACAUUGAUAGGUUGUGUCCAAAUUGCAAGUUUGUUUCUUACACCAGUUGUAAAAUAAUAAUUUCAGUCGGAGGAUUAAGUACAGUGACUACUCUAGCUUUUUAGAUGUUUAAUUAUAAAUUUAACAGGUUAUUCCAGUAUAUGCUAACUUUCUUGCUGUUUAUGUACACUUUUUCUUUCAAAACCAGUGAUUCCAUACAUUGCUUUGAGAAUGAUGUAGACUGAAUCUAUUGUUGCCCAUCAGUACAGAGAAGGGACUAUUUUCUACAUAUUAUGGGCGAUUUGACUGCACUGACCCCUGCAGUGCUUGUCAGGAUUAGCCUGCAUUCAGGCAGUUUAGCCAUUCUUAGCAGAAAUCAGUGUUACCAAUUUUUAAAAUGAAAUUUAAUUUCUUAUUACUGGUGUAAUCUAUACAAAUUUUAAAUUUAUUAAACAAAUUAUGUUGA